UGCCUCCAUGAAACUACUCUAGCGUACGAGCAACGUACUACUGCAGUACGUUAUAACAGUCAUGUCUGUACGCCGAAUGCAUCGCAGAGAUCACAAUACUAGAGUUGGGGAUCACAUAGAAGCCUCAUUAGGUAUCGACAGAUCAUUUCUAGGCCCCACUAAUAAAAAUCGACUGGCUGUGUCGACAGCAGCAAAAGAUGCAAGGCUGGCUGAGCCAAUUGAUCAAGGUUCUAAUCUUCACAUGGCGAUCAAGCUGUUGAAAGCAGAAAAUUCCAACUUGGAAAAAAUAAUUAUUUUACUCAAAGCGGAGAAUCAGAAGGUUCAUAAAAAGAUGAGAGAACUGGAGUAUCAGAACGACAGGUACAAAAUCACACAGAAUCAGCUAAAGAAUGAAUUAAAGCGUGAGCGGGAUAUGGUUAAGUAUCUGCAUGGUAUAUCUAAGAAACACGAGCGCACCAUUCAGAAGAAGGAUGCGGAAUACAGACAAUUAAAGCGGGAAGCUCGUGAGCACGAUAGACCCCGCGAAAAAACUCCCGAUUUACCUGAGAAAUUAGAUCGAAAUAACACUACAACACCGCCUGAUCUACCACCGAAGCAGGAGAAUGCAAGUGAAAAGCCUAAUGAAGUUCAAAACAGGCUAAACGAUGAUUAUAUUCAAACACUUAUAAAUGAUCCACCUCAUUCCGCAUUAGAUAAUUCGUUUAAAGAAAAGGCAAGACCUCAGCCGCCUAAGCGAUCUGAUUCUUUUAAUGUGAAGAGAAAUGGCUCAAGGCCUUUUGUAAUACAACGAGGCGAAAAAUCCAAAGCAAAUGCUUCUAACGCUUAUAACUCAGAUUCGGCUUUGACUGAAGCCUACUCGGAUAUCUCCAGUCUACCGAGGUCAAAAUCAACUGAUUCGAUGGCAAAAAAUAAAGAAGCAAAGGACAGAACGCUUAAUAAAACGUCAGCUGAGGAAGACACGUCUGAAUGGGAUGAUGUUAGUGAUGUUCUUGGCUUUCUUAAUGAAAAAGUAAAUCAGUUUGAACGACUUUUGGUGGAAAGUGGUGGAUCGACCUCUAACUCAUCGUGUGAGACCAUCGAACCAGGGAAAUAAAAUUAUCUUUUAUUCUUAUAAGGAAUCUUUUUGACGCUGUCAGUAAUUUGAAUCUAUUUACUUCAUAAUUGAGAUUAUUAUUAAAAAUGUCUGUCUGGGAUUGAUGGACCUCCAACAAAUGAAAUUUCUAUCAAGGAAAAGUUUUGUUUUGACGGGACCCAAAGAGUCUGAAAUGUUGUCUUUCAAGGAAGAACAAACUUGAUGACAUGUACAAUGCAAACUGAUUAUUGAGGUUUGUGUACAUCUACAUUAAGUGUUCAGUGACUACGUCAAAUUCGAUCAAGCGAUGCUGCGGCUUUUAUAUGGAUGGCUGUCAUCCGACUGCUUGGCCUUCCACUCAACCGGUAAAUUGUGCAUAUCAAUUUGUACACCAUCUAA